AUGCAUGGCCAAACGGUAUGCCCUUUUCAAUUGCAACCGGAAACCAAAGGUAGAAAGGAGAAAAGAGAGGGGAAUAGUAAGGUAGGCUCACAAAGCAGAAGGAAGGGCAAGGAUGUUGAGAUUGAAGAUGAGUCUGAUGGACAGACAUCAGUGCAUCAAAGAAUAGUCUACCUUCAGAACCAGCCAGCCUCUAGAUAUAGAAGUGUGAAAGAAAAACUCCAAUGGAGCAAGAAAGCUGACUCUGGAGGGGAAACAAAUUUACCGGAGAGUCAGUAA